AGCUCCGGCUCCGGAUAAUAUUUACAAUCAUUGAAAAUAUGGACCAGCGUACUUCAGACUGCUAUAAUAAAAUAAUCAUUAUGCUGUUACUCGUUAAGUUCAUAUAUUAAACAUAAUUAUGCAUAAUAUCAGAAGAUCUUUUACCCACGUAGCAUAUAAAAACUGGCUAUGCAUAUUUUCCUGCUUAACCAGUUAGACGAAAAAAUAACGUACCCUGAAAAACCCAUAUGACAUUGAACAGCGAUGAUGAAACAAAGUUUACAAAGUAUCGAUAGAUAAUACAUGUUUAGCAUCAAAACCUAGUCAAGACUUAAUAUAUUUUUAAUUCAGUAGCAGAGAGAAGUAAUACUUUUUUAAUGUAUAUGCUUUUUCCCAUUGCUUGGAACAUUAUUGACCUUCAUCUGAUAUAAAUCUGUGUUGACGGUUAACCAAAACAUUAGUAAUAACGUAAUAAGUUUAAACAAAUGCGCCAGUCGGUGGAAGCGCGUACUGUUUGGAUAAAAAUCACAGUGUGCCGGUGAAUCUUUCAGCGUCCAGAAGUACUCAACUUCUACAUUUUAUUCCAAAUAGGAAAAUGGCCUUUGAUUAGUAGAAACGAUGCAUCCAUCCCGAUAAGAAGUGCAACUAAACGUGUGUGAGUGAUCCUGAACAACGUACGUAUGUCCAUGCAACAGUAUCUUCAGUGAAAGAAUAAGUUAAGUGACGUUCAUCAUGAGUGUUCAAGAAGCGGGCGUGAUCGACGUCAAUGAGGUCAAUUUGUCGGAUGAUGAAUUUGACGAUGACGAUUUGGAUGAGUUUGCAGAUGCGGAAGAAAUUCCAGUGUAAGUACACUUCUGAAUGAUAUAUCGCACGUAAUAUAUUCCGAUUGCUUGUAAAUUAACAUAAAUAAAUAUCAUAGUCGACAAUUAUAUCUUGUUUUCAGUCCGCCUGACAUGACCCUGGAAAAAGCAUUGGAAGAAGCACAACAAGCUAUCAACUACUUUUUUAAUAAUCAGUUCAAUGAAGCAAAGAGUUUAAUGACCCCUUAUUCCAACGUGAGCAUGUACCACUCCCUGGGCCACUCAGUAUUCCUCUACCUCGAAGCGAUGCUCACCUUCGAGCAGCAGUCCAUCAUCAACGCGUCCAAGGCACUCAAACACUCCCUGGCCGUGUGCAACAGGUACAGAAAGAAGAACACCUUGGGAGAAUCUAUUGGAAAGAUGGUGAAAAAGACCAACUUCGACCAGUACACGGAAGAAGAGGCACAUGCCGAGUUGUGCCAUGCUGAGUGCUUGCUCCUCAAGUCUAUGUUGACCUUCAUGGAGGAUGAGACGUUGAGUAGUUUCAUCAAGGCUGGACUUAAGAUCAGAUCGUGUUAUAACUCGUAUAAGGAUUGUCAGCAAAUACUACUUAAAAGAAACUGGGAUAGAGAUUCAACGAAGGUGCACUUUGAAAGCGGAGUAAAAAUGGGCAUUGGAACUUUUAACCUCAUGAUAUCCAUGUUACCAUCCAGAGUAAUAAAGUUGUUAGAAUUCAUUGGGUUUUCCGGAAAUAAGCAAAAGGGUCUUGAUGAUCUACUGGCCGGUUACCGUAUGGACGGCCUGAGACAAAUCCUGUGCCUGAUGACCCUGUUGGGCUAUAACCUCAUUGUUAUGCACGUGUUAAGCCACACAGAAGGCGAUCUGAAGAUAUGCGAGGAGAUCAUACAAAAACAGUUGAAUAAACACGUGAAUGGUGUUUGGUUUUUAUUUUUUAAAGGCAGGCUUGAACUGACGAAGGGGAAUUUGGACUUGAGUGAGGAAUUUUACAAGAGGUCGUGGAAGUCGCAGGAUCUUUGGCCGCAGUUCCAUCAUAUUUGUUACUGGGAACUUGUGUGGGUACAUUGCUUGAAAACGGAAUGGAAGGAAGCUUUACAAUAUUGUUCGCUAUUGUUGGAAAAGAGCAAGUGGUCCAAAUGCCUGUACAGUUACCAAAAGGCUGUGAUAAUGUGCAUGAUGAAAAAUGAGUUAACUCGCGAUCAGAAGCUUGAAAUCGAUAAUUUAAUGAGGGAAGUACCAAAAUGUAAACAACGAAUCGCCGGCAAAUCACUUCCCAUGGAAAAAUUCGCCGUGAAACGAGCCGAAAGAUACUUCAACCAGAAUCACAACUUAGUAAUCCCUGUGAUCGAACUGAUGUUCCUCUGGAACCUUUUCAAAGUGCUCAAGAACUUCAGCGUGGCUAGCGACAUAUACAAAGUGAUCGAAAAAGCUCUACGGGACCUGAAUGCUUCUACAAGGCCCACCAAAUAUGACGUUGAUAACAAAGCGCUAGCACUGUUGCUGCAAGGCGCUUGUCUGAGGCACAUGGGGAGUCCGCUGCAAGCGUUGGAGCGCUUGGAAACUGUCAUUUCCAUGCAGAAAGAUCUGGUUGAGGACCACUACCUCGUGCCUUACGCCAUCGUGGAACUGGCGUUAGUUGAGUGGCAAAAUGGGAAUAAGGAAAAGGCCAUUUUGGCUUUGGAGGAUGCAAAGAAAAACUAUACGGGAUACUCUCUGGAAUCCAGGCUGCAUUUCAGAAUUCAUACAGCACUCAGCGAGUUCAAGGCUGAGAUGAAAGCAGCUGCAUCGUAGAUAUGACACUAGUUUAAAACGCAUCACUUUUUACGGACGUAUUUAUAACAACAUACGAUCGAGUUAACUAUUAAAGGCUGUGUUGUUAUAGGGUAUUACCACAUUUAUUAUAAAAUAUUCCAUACCCUACUGUUAAUAAACAUUCGAUACCAUUUGGCGUUAUAAUUUGAAACGAGCUUUCUUGCCAAAUUCUACUUUACCAUAUUUGUAGUUGUGGCAAUACGGUCUGCGUCGAAAAUUAAACAUUUAGGAUAUGCAUUGUGUGAUAUUUGAACCUUUCUGUGGAACAGACAGAUACUGAAAGUUGGAAUGAAGGAAGAAUGUUAUGAUCACUUAUAUUCAUAUCUUGUUAUUUUUUGUGAAUAAAAAUUUUAUGUUAUAAAUA